UUUUGUAUUAAAUAUUUUACUUUUGAUAAAAAAAUAUUUUCGUUUACACCUAUGGUAACUUGACAAAACUGUGAGUCCUUGGAUUUGGAUAGAGACCAGUUGAAAAAAUUAAAGAACUCGGGCUUUGAAAAUGGGCACAGUAGAACCAACGUCAAGAGCCGGCAUUGCACUGGAUCUCAUAUUGAAGACUCUUAUAGCAUCACAAGACUUCAAUCACAUUCAGAGUAAGAACUGGGAAGCUAUAUCUAGACUUGUACCUGGGACAACAGCAGGAAUGGUUGCGAGGAGGUAUGAGGAACUGCUAUUCAGUGGGGAUAUACUUCCAUUUGAUCAGUUUGAGAAAAACAUGACAGGACAAGGGGGUACCCUGCCUGCAGGCAUGUCUGACUCUGACCUCGGUAAAAACAGCAGUAGACCUUGCUCUGCUAAACCAAAAGGUGGGAAAGAUGAUAAAGAUAUGACUGGGAAAGAUAACUCAAGUGAUUUAAAGAGUGGUGAUAAAGGUCCAAUGAUGGUGAUACACGUUUGUGAUGAAGCCAAAAAUUUGAAACAGGAUUUUCAGUGUCCACGAGACUUGUUGGUGCAAGAGAUGAAGUAUUUUGCAGAGUAUCUCUCGACAGAUGCUCAGCGAUGGGAGGAGGUGGAUAUAUCAGUACACUGUGACGUACAGAUCUUUGAGUGGCUUAUGAGAUAUGUUAAACGAAGUGAUGUCAGUGAAAAACCUAAAUUAGGAAAAACUAGCAGACGUCAGCAGAUGGAACCAAACAAUGUGAUAUCUAUACUGAUUUCCUCUGACUUUCUAAAGAUGGACAGCUUGGUACAAGAGUGCAUAGAAUAUUGUCAUGGAAAUAUGUCAUCCAUUGUUAGUACACCAUGUAACAUGAACUGUAUCAAUGAUAAACUUGUUGGAAGAAUUGCUGAUUUAUUUACACACAAUGAAGCAGAUGAUAUUAAGGAUAGAAAAGACAAAUUCAAAAGUAAAUUGUUUGCAAAAAAGCUGGAGAAGUUGUUUGAGUCAGAUUUUACCAACCAAGACUGCUUAGAAAAUGCUUCAACAUUGUUUAGGUGCUCUAUAUGUAAAAAGAUGUUGACUCGAAACUUAGAAAGGAAAGUUAAAUGUAUGCCAAGCAGAAUGACAAUAGACAAAAGAGGUCAGCUGACCUUUUGCCAUGUAAGAGAUACCUCUUUUGAUGUAAACCAGUAUCUGAUUGAUCUUAAAACACAAUUAAAAUCUUGGCGAGAAGUUUAUUGGCGUGUGUGGGGUACUAUCCACCAUCAGAUGUGUAGUCGCUGUGGGGAGACAUUCUCAUGCACAGACUACGGCCACUGCAAGUAUCAUCCAGAACCACCACGGUACGAUAAUGAAAUGAGUAAUUCGUCAUUUAUUGGGACAUACCCUUGCUGUCAUCAAAAGUGCCUCAGGUUUGACCCAACACAACAAAACAAGGGUUGCAGAGUACGAGACCAUGUAGUCAAUGUACCACAAGUGAAUCCCGGCAGUGAGACGGACCUACAGGCACAGUUAAACAAAGUUAACGAUGAUUUAUUAGCCCAUCGUGAUGUAAUUUGUGUUCCAUAUCAAAGACUGUCAGAUGCCAGUAGAAAAUACUUGGAUUGGAUGACAGGCGAAAUGGAGCUGAAUGUUUUUGCUAAUGAGGAAUUUGCCAGCAAUGCAAGAUCUGAAGGAGUGGCCAUAUCAUCUAUAAUAUCUGGUGUGGAAGAUGAUUCCAAGACAGAUACUGCCAGACCAGUACCUAGACUUCAAGCUCUAACAAUCGACAGAGAAGUUUCGUUUGAGUAUGAUGACAUUGGUUUUGGUGAGAGUGAUGAUGAGAUAGGUGAUGACGAACAACCGAAGGGCACUGCCAGAAAGGGGCGGGGCUUGAAGAAGUCAAGGGUCACAAUUGAUCCACAGGCCAUUCUCAUGGAUGCCCCUGGCUUUGAACAAAAUAAGAAGUCAGCAUGGGAUACAGGACGCUCUAUGAGGUAUAAUCAGGAUGCCCAGAGAUCUGAAGAUUUAAGGCGUAUGAAAGAGAUUCGAGUGUACCUUACCAAGUUGAGACUGAAUCCAGAAAAAAUCGAGAGACCAAAGAAAGAGUAUGCAGGUGGGGUGUUUUGUCGCCUAGAGUCACAGUGGAAAGCACAGUAUCUACAGCAACAAGCAAAGCAACAAGCUCAGGCACAGCUCAGAUUGAGUCGAAGUAACACAUACCACACAAUAUCUGCACGGAAGGACAGGAGAGCUCUAUCUGGUGUAUAGUUCAAGACAAGGAAUCGUUCCAGGUUUUCACAGAUACGUUCCUCUAUGGCUUGAGUGUGGACAUGCAUCUCGGACUAUUCUUCUGUCAGAGUUGUUCAAUAAGAUUACCACAUCCAGUACAGUAGCUGCACAUUAGAGUAGCGGGUCAAGUCCAGCUGGAUGGGUUUCUUUAAAGAAUUACUCCAACUCUAGUUAGUCAAAUAGGCUUUCCUUGUAUGCCUUUAUACUAUGAUUCUUUGAACACUCUAGGAAUCAAACAACCUUGGAUGUGUUUUACAACUGCUUUCCUGUUUUAUUUUUCUUCUAAAUUAUACUAGAUUUUACUAAUAUGUUUUAUUUGAAUGAUUUUCAUGUUUUUAUAGUGCUUUAUGCUAUUGGGGCAUUCCACUGAAAUUGAAAAAGAGUUUAUGCUUAUGUGUAAUAUUUUAAACUGACCAUUCUGUUAGGCAUGUAGAAAAAUGCUUUGAAACCAUGAACACUGCGUUACUUUUACCAAUCAAUUUCUAUUUACUUUUCUUACAAUCACUUUUGUUAUUUCUUUAUAUUUUAUUUUUUUAAUUAAUUGUUGAAAUGAUACCUUCAGAGAGAUUUUUUAAAUGUUUUUUAUUGGCAAAUUCAUUUUAUGUUAUUUGUGUAAAUGUAUCUUAAAUUUCUUCAUGCAUUGUUAUUUCAGUCAUCAAAAAUGAUAAUAGUUUCAUUAGAUAAUACGUAUAGUGACUCUAUUCACCGUUAAAAUAUCACACACCGUCCGGUUAGCGUAGUGUCACAGUAAAUUCACCGGAAAGCACCGAAACACCGUAAAGCAUUCUUUAAAAACAUUUUUUUAUAAAAACAUAAAAGGGAUUUUCUGAUUGGCUUUUAAGUGUUUGAAAUUGAUUAAUUAUUGAAAAAAUCAUAUAAUUUGAUAAAUUUUGUGCUAAUUAGCUAUGUAAUAAUCUGUGAUUAUUUCAAAUUUUAACUUUUUAUACACUUACUACAAUAACCUGUUCUUCUAUAGUUAUAUUGAAACAUAUGUGUAUUCUAAUUUACAAAAUGAUUGUAUUUGAAUUACAUGUCAAUAUAAAUGCAAGGGGCCUCCGUUGCCCAGUGGUUAGAGUCUCUGAUGACAAUCACUUGCCCGUCACUGCUGUUGGUUCGAAACCUCACAAGGAUUGUAAAAUUAUUAGUAUAUAAGAAAACAUUCCUGCUACCCUAUGGAAGAUUUUGGUUCUACCCAGGUUCAUGCUGUGCCUGAAAAUCAUCUUUAAAGUUUGCUUGAAUGUUUGUUUUAAUGAAUAUUGAAACUCUUUGGAUAUAUUUAAUAUAUUUAUUAUAUGAUUUUGAUGUUAUAUAAUGAUAUGGUAUGGAAACAGGACUUGGUAUUUUUGAAGAUUAAAUGUAUAGGAAUAUUAUGGGUUCUCUAGAGUUUAAAUGCUUGGAUUGACACAACCUCAAAAUCUGUAAAAAACAUUGUCCCAUGAAUAUAACUGAUUUCACAGUAUUUGGGAAGUUUAUGCAGGCAGUCCUUGUACUAUCGAUGUUUUACUUUACCUUUUAUAUAAAUUGCUUUUGUAUCUGUUAGAUGGUAGAUUUCCUUUUUUAUUUUUUUAUUUUUAUGGGGUACAACUUGUCUUACUAUUUUAAAGGUUAACAAUUUUCUUUAUAUACAAAAAUAUGAUAUAUAACAUACUUCAAUCUUACCAGUUGUUUUUUAGCAGGGUGUGAAGAAAAUAUCCGAUAUUUUGAGGUAGACUGCUGCAUAUCAAUGUGAUAAUCUUGUCUGUUGUAUUUUUGAAUAUAUUGUUGCUGUGAAUUCCUUUGAUGAAUAUAUACCAAAAAAUAAAUUUUUAUUAUGAAGAA